CUAACGUACCGACGUGUCGCUUGAUUUUUUUACAGCGAGAUCAAAAACAAACAUUUAUUACAUGAAAUAUUUCGAAUUGUAAAUUUAUUGCUUUGUGAGGUGAAUGUCUUGUGUGUUGGAUUGCUUGUGAGAAAGUUAUGGUAGCAUGUGGGUGUCUGUGGGUGCAGAGAGCGGGCCGGGCGCUCCAGGCGGGCGCGGCAAGCACUCAGCCACUCUGCUGGGUGGUUACGUGUACGUGCUGGGUGGUCGUGGCGGGGCCGGCUCCGUGCCGCUGAGGGACUUCUGGAGGUACUGUCUGGCGACGGGGCGCUGGGAGCGGCUGGAGGCGCGGGGCGAGGCGCCGCCCUCGCUUCAGGAGCACUCGGGCACGGCGCACGAGGGCCGCCUCUACGUGUUCGGGGGCGAGGCCGCCGCGCUCUCCAGCGAGACGCCGCUCUGGGUCUACGACACUGAGUUACAAGUAUGGCGCAAGCUGUCGGGCGCCGCGUGCCCUACGUACAAGGACGUGCGGCGGCUCACUACGACCGGCCAGGACCCGCGCGGUGCGUGCGCCGGGCCCCGCGGCCGCCGGGGACACUCGGCGCACGCACUGCGGGACUGUCUGCUGAUCUACGGGGGCUACCGGGACUUGCGCGGCUCCACCAACGAGCUGUGGGCGUUCCAUUAUGAAACGGAAUGGUGGCAGCAAGUUCGCACGUCGACGCCGGGUCCGGCCCGUCACCGACACGCGGCCGUGCUGCACGACACACGGCUCUACGUGCACGGCGGCCAGUGCGACCUACAGGACUGCGCUGACUUGUGGCACUACGACACCAUAUCGCGGGUGUGGACGAGCGUGCGCACUCCCGCCAAGCUGUCUCCGAGCGCUCGUAGCGGGCACGCCGGGCUGAGAGCUGGGGCACACCUCUAUAUCUUUGGAGGAGAGGCCAACGGACAUCCCACCAACGAGCUGUGGAGGUUCCAUUUUGCGACGGAGACUUGGGAGCGUAUAGUACAGAGCGUCAACUGGCCGACCGCGCGCGUGGACUGUUGCGCCCUGCUCGUGGGGACCAGCGGCUCCCGCGCCGCACCGACCGAGCCCCGCGGGCACGAGAGCAGACCAGAGCCGCCCGCCGGUUUCCUGCGGGAGAUCUCCAAGCUCUCCUCCUUCCGUAUCCGGCGUGCGGCACGCUGCUCUUACAGCGUGCUCGGGGAUAAAGACUCCACGGAGAGUUUGAUCAGGGAGCCAUCAACGAUGUCAAAGUCACGGUCGGCGUACAUCAUCGACGAGCGGCAGCCAGCGGACGGCGACGACAGCCCACAGCCCUGCCCGCGGCAAGACAUGAGCAGGGAACCGAUAUCCGUGCCGGACUUCGCGGACAUGGUGCUGCCUACGCCUGUGCUGUCCCCGGUGGAAGCCACCAAACUUGUAUACUUCGACUCUGAAGAGGAGGAGGACAUGAAACGUGAGAGCCGGAAAGAGAGCAAAACUACAAUCCUGACCAAGUCUGCCUCCGUAAAGUUCACCAAAAUACCAGUCACGGACACUACUGAAGAUGAGGCGGAACUAUCCACGUCAGACUACGCCAGCGCUGAGAAGGUUAACAGGCUCCCCAAAACAUCACUAGGGUUCAGCAACCCGCACUACCUGGGGCCUGAUGUGCGGAGGCUGGGGUCGGCCAUGACUCCCGACUCGGGCGUGGGCGCGGGAGACAUCGAGCUGCAGGAGCUGGGUGAGAGGAAGGCCAGCCAAGGACGGCUGUACCUGAUGGUGGUGGGCGGCCGGGAACCAGCUCACCCCGCGCUGCUGCGGCGCCCGCUUUCCAUGUGGACCUACCGACUGUUGUAGCGGAACGCCACCACAUGACAACAAAAUGUCAUAUAGGCCCAUAGCGCACAAUGUACAGUGCCAAGUAGAAUAAAAAAUUGACAUGUUUAUUGUGACCAACAAAUAAGGCAAUGAGAGAGAUGUUCAUUUUUUUUAUUAAAAGGGACGAGACGAGCAGAACGUUCAGCUGCUGGUAAUUGAUACGCCCUGCCCAUAACAAUGCAGCACCGCUCAGGAUUAUUGAAAAACCCAAAAAUUUGUGAAUGUCACCACAAUUGCGCUCGUCAUCUUGAGACAUAAGAUGUUAUAUCUCCUUUGCUCAGUUGCCCUUCAGACUGAAACACAGUAAUGUUUACACAUUACUGCUUCACGGCAGAAAUAGGCCCCGCCGUUGUGGUACGCAUAAGGCAUAGAGGCCAGCUCCCGUGUAAAGGAGCCCACUGGUAAAAUUGAUAUCGCAGAUAUGUUUACGACACAAAAUUCUAAAUUAUAUUGGGUUUAAGCAUUCAAAUAUUACAUUAUGUAAGUCGUGGUAAAUACGAAAGAACAGUAUAAUUCUCACUAGCUAUAUAUAUGAAUGUAAAUAAUAUCUAUUAUAGUAAGUCAACCAUCUAUAUCUGGCUACUAAAAAGUUAUAGAAAGUUAUUCUAAACGAAUACCUAUAGACUCAUAGUUUUCAAGAUCAAUCGUUACUUGGUAUGUAGGUAAGGUGACUGGAGGUAAGUCGAAAAUGAUUUUUGAUCAGAUAAACAGUGUUGAUUUGAAACUGUUGUGUAACAAAGGGAUUCAAGUCAAUAUAAUGUGUAAAAUGAUGUUUUGGAUAAAAAAGUAUAGUCAACUUGUUUAUUUAAUGAUGACAGAAAUCUUUUUGAAACAAUAUUUUAUGAAAAAAAAACGUCAAUAAAGUUGGUCUUAAGAAAAAAAAUAGGUAGGGGAAAGAUGAAAUGCCGAAGGGGUAAGAUUGAAAUAGUGACUAAAAUCUUUUUGAAGGUCUUUAUGUAUAUGAGGUGAUCAAUAAACUUUCUGCUCUGAUAACAUAAAUAGCUUGAAAAUCAGUUACAUUCAUAAAUCGCAUUCUAAAUGCCAGAAAUAAUAAUUUAUCAAAAAAAAUAUAUCGAUCUUACCCCGUUGAAACGGUUGGCAGUCAGGGGUUCUCAACAUGUUAUAAAAAGAUAUAAAAAAAAAAAUUCAUAUUCAUGCUCAUGACUGUCAAGCCUUAGUCGGUUCGAUAAAUAAAAUACACGUUUUUAUUUAGGACCACGUAGCGCACUCGUAUUUUAUUUUAUUAAAUAAACCACGAAACAGAACACAAUUAAACAUUAUUAAAAAUAUUAUCGUCACAUAUCCAUUUAUUAAUUACAUUAAAGCUAAGUCCAAGUAACGAUACGGGAGAGAUAUCGUCUGACUGAAGAACAGGUUGUGGAGGCUGAAAUACGUUUUCCAUUUUAUGCUUUUCUAUACAGCGCUUGUAAGAUCUUGGAUCAUACUUAUCGACUGAAAUUACAUCCGAAUUAAAAGGACAUAUUGAAGUUUUUAUAAAGCCGUUGAUAAUACUUUCAGAUUUUGUAUCAUUCCAUACUUCUGCAAAUAAGUUCGAGAAUACUUUUUUAAAUAGCUUCACACCAACGUUAUGUCGCUGCCAUUCAACUAACUUGGCAUCCCAGCUAGAUUUAAAAGAUUUAAAUACAGCCACGUCCAGUGCCUGUAAAAGAUGAGACGUAUGAUAUUGUGACAUUAUGUUUUCGUGCCAACUCAACCACUUUUAUACCAACACGAGUGCUAUGACCGUCGUGGAUUACCAGAACUGUCCUUUCUUCGCCGAGUCCUGGAAUAAAUACUUUUUCCAUGUAAUUAUGGAAUAUUUCCGUCUCCAUCCAUCCCCUUUUACUAGCUGCGUAAGAUAACUCGAAAUAACGUGUGUCGUAUGGUUAAAGGAGUCAGUUUCUGUCCGCCAGCACUUACUGCUGUUAGAACUGAUAUAUGUUCUUUGCCUGUACCGUGAGUUGUUCGAGAGUAUGGCGCCUCCUUUCGCCCAACUACUUUAGUUUUAGAGGGAUCCAAACUAACGGAAGUCUCAUCAAAGUUCCAGAUGAGUUAUGGCCUUUGUUCAAGACCUAAUGUCUUUAGAGUAGCCUGCAAUAGGCUAAAAUAUUCACCCACGAUGAACGGAUCUGAAUUCUUUCUUCUGACAUGCUCAAUAGGUUGAGCCUUUUUCAAUGAUAAUCUAUGUCGUUUUCUAAAGUUUGUAAACCAAUCUGGACCUGGAACUCCACUAUUAAAUGGUGUUGAUAUUGAUUCAAAUUCAACCCAUUCAAAUGAACGAAUUCUCUUAUAAGUGAAAACACUUCCUUUCUUAAUAACCCCAAUCCUCAUUUUUCUAAUACUGCAAGUCCGUUCGCCAAUUGAGUUUCUAUUUCAAGAUGCAAAACCAGUGGACGCCCUAGAGUGCUGCUUUUUAUUCCAGUUUUUUUUAUGUAAGCGAUUGUGUAGUGUAGCGGCAGGUAAGGUUAUAUAACUUAGCUGCUGCAUACAUGGUUAAUUCUUUAUUCUCUACCCUCUGUAUGUAUGGCAAUCGCCAAGUCCUCAGGAGUAUAACAAGUUGCCCGUAACAAUUUCCUUAUAUAGUUACGAGGCAUGUUGAUCCUAAAACAAAAAAUAAAAAGUUAUCUAUAUGCAAGUUGAAAUUGCAUAUUUAGUGUUCCAUACCGUGGUUGAUUUUCUGGUCGCAAAUUAAGGAUUUCUUUGAUAUUUAUGUAUAAAAAACUUAAAUAUCAAAGGAGCAUCCCUACCUAAGUACAGAUACAGAAACAAGUAAUCAUCAUAACAUGCCUGUAUUCCCCGGAGGGUAAAGUAGAGGUGUAUCUUCUUAUCGUGUUGAUCAACGGUAUUAAAAAAUUUCUAGACCAGUUGUCCGCCACACAAACUAUAGGUGUAUAGAACACCCAUAUUUUGCCAGCUAUGUGUAAGCCCUAAAUAAUAUAAGACAAUCCGUGUAUUAAUCCAGACUCCCGGCUCUUACAGAGAGAUUCCUAUUGGAAAAUCAAAAAUACAGCCUGGCAUCGAACCCAAAACCUCAUGCACAGCAGCUGCGCUUGCGACGACCAUCGAGGCAAAUUCUCGUAAAUAAUUUCCCUACCAAAGGAAAUUAUUAGAGAAAAUUAACAAGACCAUAACGGUAGGAUUACCUAAUUUGAUUAAAUAAAUGACCACAGUGGUUUAACGAUGAUUAGAAUACAACAUAAAUUUAAAGACAUCAAAAUGAAAACGUUAACCAUGGAUUCAGUAGGUACACAAUUCUAGACACCCCAGCGUAGAAUUUUUUCAUCUGCUUAAAAAAUCAGCUGUGUAUUAUACAUUUUGUCAUCGUGUAAGUAUUGCACUUAUGUAUACGAGUACUACGCCUGACUUUUUUUGAAACCAACAAGCGUUUUAACAGAAGAGAGUAUAGAAUUAUGUACUGAUUCCAUGAUAAAAAAUUUUGAUACGAUGUUUUGAAAGGGAUAUCGUGUAUUUCAGAUUGAGAACCCCUGACUUUUUGUAGGAGUUUCAUAAACGGGUAAAAUGGAAAGUUUUAUAUUAUCAUCUUACCCCGUUAAAUUUUGCAGGGGAAGUUUGAAAGGCACCAUAAAUCUUAAAAUACUUACGUGAAAUAUACUAAUAACAGCUGAUUUCAAAUCUAAUUACGAAUAUCAAAACAAAAUGUUUGUUCUUACCUAUGUAAGGAGAUACAGCAAGCGGAGUUAGAUUAAAAAACUCAAUUUUACGCGUGUAAUGUGUCCGUACGGAAAAAUGAUAAAAAACACACGUACGCUCUCACUUCACGCGACUGAUGGAGACUGCAGGGCGGGGCAAGACAAAAUGGUGUCCACGACGAUAUUGUCAGCAUUAAAAAAAUUCCUUGAUAUUCGGCGUUAUUGUAUUUUUUUAUCUUUCCCCGUUUUUUAUCUUACCCUCAGUCACCUUACAUACCUACUUGGUAUGUACUUAGUAGGUAAGUAGUAGGUAAGUACCUAUCAGCAUAAUAACGACUUUAAAACGUUAAAUUCUCAUUUCAAUACCACAAGAUCCUUCUCUUUUUGGGGUGUUUAGGUCUUAAGGGUAACAUACGGACGCAAAAAAUGCUCUCACAAUAAGGUACCUACUUAAUAUAUAAAAAUAUUUUGAGUAGAUACGUAAUUAAAAAUAAGUUUCAAUGUAUGUAGUAGUAAGUAGGUACUAUUAUCUUUAUCAGUCAAGUCGUCAAUCGAAGUAGCCAAAGCAUAUAAUUAUUUUAUUGUAGCCUGGGGAAUUGCAUAAAUUCCCUUAGACCACAAAUAAUUCCGGGCAUUAUUUUUAUUUGAGAUCAAUUUAUUUUCUCAAAAUGUUUUUAUUAAGAAUUUAUUAACAUUAGCUUUUUUAGAUUUAAGAAUAAUAAAACAACAACAACUGCAGCUCUGACUAAAAAUCUUGACAGAAACAAUUCAUAAAUCUGGAUAUAUUUUGAAAACGAAAUGGGAAAGAAAUAUCCUGUGUCGGGCUGUUUUAAAAUUCUGGCUUAUAAAGCCCGGUAUCCACCAAAGCGGAGAUGUAUUUUGAUAACCAAUCAUAUUUUCUUCAUCUCUCCGCUUAGUUUCGGUGAAAAUGGAUCAAGCGGAAGGGAGAUGUCUCAUUUGUCUAUAGAAUUUUCGUCAGAGCGGAGAUGCGUGUAGGCGGACCUUUCGUAGACAUAACUUGACUGAUUUCCAGCUCUCCCAGCUCACAUUUCCGUUAUGCACAGCUCACAUCUUCUCAUCGCUUUGGUGGAAAUAUCCUGACACCUUCACGGCUUAUCUCCUUCUCGUCUCCCCGCCUCUCCGAUUUAAUGCAGUUCACCAAACUGGUGCAACCAAAUCGUAUCCAUGGAUGUGAGCUGUGAAAUACCGAAAUCAGUCAAGUGAUGUCUACGACUUCGAAAAAUAACGCUUUCGGGGGUGCGAGGCGCGGGGGAAGACCGCGGGUAAAGGGCCGCCCGGCUAAACGCAUCUCCGUUUUGCAUUGCUCGACGCGGCACAAAAUUAUAUAUACAAAUGAGACAUCUUCUCUCCUCUCCGCUUGAUCCAUUUCCACCGAAGCUAGAGAAGAGAUGUGGACAGUACGCAAUCUGAUUGGUUAUUAAAAUACAUCUCCUCUCCUCCCCGCUUUGGUGGAUGCAGGGCCUUAUUGUCAGAAUUGCACCUAUACUAGGCCUUUGUUUGCGGCCUAUAUGUCUAAUCCCAUUUGAGCAAUUUUUGAAGUACCUAGCUACUGCAACACUUACAAAAACAAAAAUAUCAAUCACAGCGAAACAGACAGACACACUUGAUGAUGAUAUGGAUAUUAUUACAAUAUAAUUUUGAUCUAGAGUUAAAAACCAAGGGGAACUGAGUCGAGAACGUUUGUAUGGUAUAAUGGCGGCUAGUGUUUCUUCUUAAUGCAACAUCAGAUACGCGAGAGCAUAUUUUGCGUCUUAUAAAACCAGGCUCUGGUUAAAACUCACAAUAGUAGACACUUCCAGUAUAUAUGUAGUAAUAAGAAAGCUCAAUGUACUUAAUUUAGAACCUAGGUAGGUGUUUUAUGUUCCGUGAUAAUAUUAUUCAACAUUUUAUUAUAGAUAUCAUAAACUUUUUUUAAGCGGAUGCGUUACUUAAAUUAUAUACGAUGUACCUAAUCUUAAACCUUGAUUGAACCUUUUGACUUACGUACCUUCUUCAGGUACGUACAAUAAUUACUACCUACCUGUCAUAGCACUCUAAAUGAGGAGGUAAUAGAAAUGUUAUACUCGUGAAACGCCGCGGAUAUUGCGGGACAAUUGUAUGGUGUUCAAAAUGACGGCAAUAGGUAUAUUUUAUUAAACAAAAAAAAAACAACAAUUUAGUUAAAAAAGACUCACGAAAUGUUAAAUUUUGAUUGGUAUGGUUGCAGAUAGGCUACGUUUCCGCAUUUUGAUAUACGUACUAAAAUACUCCAUAAUAUUAAUGCGUUUCUAUAAAUAGAAACUAAAUCUCACCUUACUCGGACGCGACAUGUUUUAUUUGGCUAUAUCACUUCUAGAACCUUCGCAUUUAGAUUCCUAUGGUACCUUCCUUCUAACGUAUGAAAGAAUAUCUAAUGUUUCACUAAAAUCUUAUCGCGACGCGGCAUACUGUAACAAAAUGACAUGUUGUGUGCUAGCUGUGUUACUUUUAUAUUUACGUUAUCGUUAUUUUUGUUAAGUUAUUGAUAACAGUGAACUUACAACUUUUUAUUAAGUUUAAUUAUUAUGAAAUUAUUUACCUACUUAGUGCAAUAUUAUUGUUUUAAGUUACGUUAUGCAAGUGACAACUUGGUAAUAUUAAAUUCUGACUGAGGAUUUUAAAAGAUAUAAUUGUGAAAGCUACCCAUGGAAAUCGCCAACUUUUUAAAUUAAGUAAUACAUAGAUUGACUAUCGGCCGUUUUCAAUAACCUAUUUAUCCUUAGUUUACUUACUAGAGGUAGACAAAAUAUCUACUCUUUUACGCUUACAUUUGCUUUACUUACAUUUCAAUAACCUAUUGACAGAUAGCAUUGAACUAUAACUAAUAAUAUAACUAUAGUGGACAUAACUAUGGAUAGAUAAGAUCUUGUCAUUAAACGGUGAUAGCAAUAUAUUAUCCAUAACUAGAGAUAUGUUAUUGAAAACGGCCGUCAAUCUACCUAAGAUUUUUAGGGAAAAGAAAGACAAAUUAGCGUACCCCAUAAGUGAGCAACCCCAUAGAUGACUCCUUAAUAUUUGUCUUCCACAUUAAGGCGGAAUCCGAAUUUCCAAUCGGUCGAAAUGUAAAAACCUAUCAUUUCUAUACUAGGGGAGGAGCUGAAGCGCAAUUGCAAAUGGAAUUUCCUUUGUGAUUUUCGCACAAACUGGAGUCAUCUGUGGAGUUAAAGUGAACAAGACUUCAUUUUCACACAUUUUUAUAAGUACUUACUGUAAGUAGGAUGCAAAACACAAAUCUACUGACUCGUAAUGCAAGACGGGUUUUGAUUUGAGGAUGGAUUGUUCGAAUUUCGGUUAAAAUGGAGAAAUACAAUUGAAAAAAAAAGUAAUUGUUGUAAUUGUAUAAGUAUAAUAUAUUUAUGACCUACCUUUUUUUCUUGAACAAUACGCAAAUUUCGUAAGUCUCAAAUAGUUCCUCGUGCGGUCAACGGCCACAGAGCCUGAGGAUACCUCGCUGUCACUGCGUAACGUCAAUAACACAAAUGCAACUGCAAUAGCAUGACGGGUCUUUUAUGUGCAUAGUUCUUAUAUCAAUAUUCAUUCAAAUUGUGUUAAAAUAAAUGACUUUAUAACAUA